GACAGGCACUUCCGGUCGGGGCCUCCCUCCUCUCCGGUUUAGGCUGCCGCCUCCCAGCCCGGCAUUCGCGGCCCCACUGGCCCKACUUCUAAGCUUCAGUUCCCAGGCCAGGCCGUGGAUGCCGGCGGGGCUGGGGAGAGCGAAGCGCCAUGCCUCGGGCUUGAUGCUCCGCCCUCUCCUCCAGUCUUCAGUCCUAAGUCUUUGGCCCUCUCCCUCUGCUUUCAGCAGUCUCUCCGCUGGGCGCUGUUGUCGACUCAGACCAGUACCUUCCAACAAGGAUAACUACGGUCGUCAUGUCCCAGCCCGGGAUACCGGCCUCCGGCGGCGCCCCAACAGGCCUCCAGGCCCAGAACGGGGCCUCUUCGACCUCGGGGUCUCCCUACACCAACGGUCCUGUUCAAAAUGCACUGAUAUCUUCACAAUUGUCAGUGAGUCAAGGAUAUAAUUUCCAGCUUCCAGGAUCCUAUCCUCAUCUAAUACCAGCAAAGACUUUGAAUCCAGUCUCUGGACAGUCUAACUACGGUGGUUCUCAGGGAUCUGGGCAAACUAUUAAUAGACCACCUGUAGCUUCUAAUACAGUGACACCUUCACUCCAUAGUGGUCCUGUUCCUCGAAUGCCACUACCUGCUUCUCAGAAUCCAGCUGCUGCACCGAUGCCUUCUGGUAGCUUUCUUCCUGGAGCCAACAUACCACCACAUUCAAAUUGGCAAUAYAACUAUCCGCCCACAGGAUCACAAACAAACCAUGGUUCUCGUGCAUCAUCCCAACCGACUGCAUUGGGGAGUACAAACUUAACAACAAAUCAUCAGUAUGUUUCUUCUGGAGACCCUUCACUUCAAAACAGCUUCAUAAAAUCAGGUAUUACAUCAAAUGCCAAUAAUGGAUCUAUGGCGGUCCAUAGUAGUUAUGAUGAAAUUGAAGGAGGUGGCUUCUUGGCAACACCACAGCUUAUUAAUAAGAAUCCCAAAAUGAGCCGAAGUGUUGGAUAUGCAUAUCCCUCUUUACCACCUGGUUAUCAGAACACAACACCACCUAGUGCAACUGGAAUCCCACCUUCUUCAUUGAAUUAUCCAAGUGGCCCCCCGGCCUUUACUCAGACUCCCUUAGGUGCUAAUCAUUUAACUACAAGCAUGAGUGGAUUAAGUCUACAUCCAGAGGGACUAAGAGUUAUCAAUCUUCUUCAAGAAAGAAAUAUGCUUCCCUCAACACCUUUGCAGCCUCCAGUUCCAAAUUUGCAUGAAGACAUCCAGAAACUCAACUGUAACCCAGAGUUAUUUCGAUGCACACUGACCAGCAUUCCUCAGACUCAGGCCUUACUGAAUAAAGCCAAACUUCCUUUGGGUCUGCUGCUUCAUCCUUUCAAAGAUCUAGUGCAAUUGCCUGUGGUUACCUCCAGUACAAUUGUGAGAUGUCGUUCAUGUAGGACAUACAUUAACCCUUUUGUCAGCUUUCUUGAUCAAAGAAGAUGGAAGUGUAACUUAUGUUACCGAGUCAAUGAUGUACCUGAAGAAUUCAUGUACAAUCCUUUGACAAGAGUUUAUGGAGAACCUCACAGGAGACCUGAAGUUCAAAACGCUACUAUUGAGUUUAUGGCUCCUUCAGAAUACAUGUUACGACCACCACAACCUCCAGUGUACCUCUUUGUUUUUGAUGUGUCUCACAAUGCAGUUGAAACUGGAUACUUGAAUUCAGUUUGCCAGAGUUUGUUAGACAAUCUGGAUUUGCUUCCUGGCAACACUAGAACAAAAAUUGGCUUCAUAACAUUUGACAGUACAAUUCAUUUCUACAGUCUUCAAGAAGGUCUCUCUCAACCUCAGAUGCUAAUAGUUUCAGAUAUUGAAGAUGUUUUUAUACCUAUGCCAGAGAACUUAUUAGUAAACUUAAAUGAAAGUAAAGAGCUUGUUCAAGAAUUACUGAAAACUUUGCCACAAAUGUUUACCAAGACUCUGGAGACCCAGAGUGCCUUGGGUCCUGCACUUCAGGCUGCCUUUAAGCUGAUGUCCCCAACUGGUGGUCGAAUGUCUGUCUUUCAAACACAGCUCCCAACGCUUGGAGUGGGAGCCCUGAAGCCACGAGAGGAACCCAACCAAAAAUCAUCUGCUAAGGAAAUACACCUGACACCUUCUACUGACUUCUAUAAGAAAUUAGCAUUGGACUGUUCUGGUCAGCAGAUAGCUGUUGACUUGUUCCUUCUCAGUGGUCAAUAUUCUGAUUUGGCUUCUCUGGGGUGUAUUUCUCGGUACUCAGCAGGUAGUGUCUAUUACUAUCCUUCUUACCAUCACCAGCACAACCCAGUCCAAGUACAGAAAUUACAGAAGGAACUACAGAGAUACCUCACUCGGAAAAUUGGCUUUGAGGCAGUUAUGAGGAUUCGGUGCACUAAAGGUCUUUCCAUUCAUACUUUCCAUGGGAACUUCUUCGUUAGGUCAACAGACUUACUCUCUUUGCCCAAUGUCAAUCCUGAUGCUGGGUAUGCAGUACAGAUGUCAGUAGAAGAAAGUCUUACUGACACUCAAUUGGUUUCUUUUCAGUCAGCACUCUUGUACACAUCAAGCAAAGGUGAAAGAAGAAUUCGUGUCCAUACUUUGUGUUUGCCAGUAGUUUCGACUCUAAAUGAAAUCUUUCUUGGAGCUGAUGUUCAAGCAAUUUCGGGGUUAUUGGCCAAUAUGGCUGUUGACAGGUCCAUGACUGCCAGUCUGAGUGACGCCCGAGAUGCUCUAGUGAAUGCCGUCAUUGACUCUCUUGCAGCUUACCGAUCUUCAGUCUUAAGUAACCAGCAGCCUGGACUCAUGGUUCCUUUCUCUUUGAGACUUUUUCCACUUUUUGUAUUGGCUCUCCUUAAACAGAAAUCAUUCCAGACUGGGACAAAUGCUCGUCUAGAUGAACGCAUCUUUGCUAUGUGUCAAGUGAAAAAUCAGCCCUUGGUUUACCUUAUGCUUACAACACAUCCCAGUUUGUAUAGAGUUGACAAUCUCUCUGAUGAGGGAGCACUCAACAUCAAUGACAGAACCAUACCUCAGCCUCCUAUCCUUCAACUCUCUGUGGAGAAGCUGAGUAGAGAUGGGGYUUUCCUCAUGGAUGCAGGCUCUGUACUGAUGCUUUGGGUUGGAAAAAAUUGUGCACAAAAUUUUCUCACCCAAGUUUUAGGAGUUCAAAACUAUGCAUCAAUUCCACAGACUAUGACGGACCUUCCAGAACUUGAUACACCAGAAUCUGCCAGAACAGUAGCUUUUAUCUCCUGGCUUAGAGAGCAAAGACCAUUUUUCCCAGUACUUUACAUAAUAAGGGAUGAAAGUCCAAUGAAAGCAAACUUCCUUCAAAACAUGGUAGAAGACAGAACAGAAUCUGCGUUAUCAUAUUAUGAAUUCCUCUUGCAUAUUCAGCAACAAGUAAAUAAAUGAACAAAUGAAGAAAUUUGACUUAGUUAUUGCUAAGGAAAUCACAAAGCAGAAUUCCUGGGAAUGUGUAAUACCUUCCUUUUCUAUUUAAAUUUGUGAACUAAUGUGAUGAUUAAGAUGUUUUCACUGUGAUUUCAACAAACUAUAGCAAAUAAAGGACUACAGCAAAGACUCAAACAUAAAACUCUGAAAAUACUGUAUUUUUCAAAUCAAAAUAUAUCUACAUAUGAUUGGAUACCUUUUUUCCUUUGCUGCCAAUUAUGUUCAAGUUGUUACAGAUUGAAAUAAGGAAAAGAUAUUAUAGAGGUAAAGUACAUUUUGUAAAAUAAAGACUUCUGUGUUCCACA